AUCCAACCUGCGACUACACAAAUUUACAUGGAAGCUUUUCCAGUUGAAGAUCAUGCAAAAGACCUUAAAGACAUAGACCUCAACGCAGACAUGUUGCCAAUGCAAUGUAGUCUUGGAAUCAACUGGAACCUUCAGACUGAUUGUUUUCACUUCAGCGUCGAUGGAGGGAUCAAACCGUACACGCGGCGAGGUGUUCUAUCGACAAUUAACAGCCUUUAUGAUCCUCUGGGGUUUGUAGCACCAGUGAUCAUACAGGGCAAAGCUAUUUUGAGAGAACUCACCAUUGAGAAGGGUGAUUGGGACUCACCACUACCCCAACAAAUGGAAGAUGUGUGGAAGUCCUGGAGAGGAUCUUUGAAGGAACUGUCUCAACUCUCUAUACCCAGAACUUACACACCCAUCUCACCUUCAUCUGCUGUCAGAAGAGAGUUAUGUGUUUUUUCUGACGCUUCAACAAAGGCUAUAGCAGCUGUGGCAUAUUUGAAAGUCAUCGAUGCUGCAGGAGAUAGUCAUGUAGGAUUUGUAAUGGGCAAAGCAAAGUUGACUCCUCUUCCAGAGCAAACAAUUCUAAGGUUGGAACUCUGUGCUGCAGUGCUCGCGGUAGAGUUAGCAGACCUAAUCUCAGAAGAGCUCGACCUCCAGCUGGAUGCCACAACCUUUUAUACAGACAGCAAAGUAGUUUUGGGCUACAUUUCCAAUGAAACCAGGCGCUUCUACGUUUACGUAAGCAAUCGGGUGCUACGUAUUCGAAGGUCUUCACAUUCAAGUCAGUGGCACUACGUCUCAACAGAACAAAAUCCUGCUGAUCAUGCAACACGUUCUGUCCCUGCAGGCCAACUGAGUGCUACUAAUUGGUUCAGAGGACCCAAAUACUUGUGCGCAACAAAAAAUAACAUCGCAGAGAUCCACUAUGAUCUUGUAGACCCGAGUUCUGACCCAGAUGUACGUCCUCUGGUGUCCACUUUGAGUACCACAGCAACAGUCAAGCUGCUUGGUUCACAACGAUUCUCAAGGUUCUCGUCUUGGAGGUCACUGAUUCGAGCUAUUACUCGACUUAUACAUAUAGCUCGUCUUUUCAACACAACUUUCAGAGGCAACAAAUUGUGUCAAGGUUGGCAUUAUUGCAAAUCAGAGUGCACGGUGGAAGAAUCUACACAAGCAGUACACGUGAUUAUGCAGACGGUGCAGCAUGAAACCUACAGCCAAGAGAUCCAGUGCAUCCAAAAACGUGAGAAAAUUCCUAAGAGCAGUCCUCUCAAAAACCUGGAUCCAUUCCUUGACAAGCACAACCUGUUGAGAGUUGGUGGCCGCCUCCACAAUGCAAACCUCGAUCAAGUUGAAAAGACUCCGUUGAUUGUUCCCGGUAAGCAUCAUGUUGCCGCCUUGCUUGUAAAACAUUACCAUGAACAAACUCAACACCAAGGCCGACUGUUUACGGAGGGAGUUGUCCGUACAGCAGGGUUUUGGAUAGUUGGUGGCAAGAGAAAGGUGAGCAGCAUCAUUUACCAGUGUGUGACCUGUCGAAGACUCAGAGCUCCUCUCACUGUUCAAAAAAUGGCCAAUCUACCUGCGGAUCGCCUCUCGACAGAUCCUCCCUUCACAAAUGUUGGAUUGGAUGUCUUCGGCCCUUGGAAUGUCUGUUCCCGUCGAACAAGAGGAGGUCUUUCACACAGCAAACGGUGGGCUGUCCUUUUUACAUGUAUGAGUGUCAGGGCAGUUCAUAUUGAGAUCAUAGAAUCUCUUGACACGUCCAGCUUUAUCAAUGCGUUAAGGCGCUUCCUUGCGGUUCGCGGUCCUGUGAAACACAUUCGUUCAGACCGCGGCACCAAUUUUGUCGGUGCUUGCAAAGACUUGAAGAUACCAUCAAACAUUGAUGGCACAACACUGAAAAACUACCUAUCAAACCAGGGUUGUUCUUGGAGCUUCAACCCUCCACAUGCAUCUCAUUUCGGCGGAGCAUGGGAACGGACGAUAGGACUUGCAAGAAGGAUUUUGGACUCAAUGUUCCUGCGCUUCAAAGACAAACUUACCCACGAAGUUUUGGUUACAUUCAUGGCAGAAGUAGCAGCAAUCAUCAACAACAGACCUCUUGUUCCUGUGACAAGUGACUCUGAUGAUCCAUUCAUGCUUACACCAGCUACAUUUCUGACACAAAAGGUGAACUCUCUUCCAGCACCUCCUGGUGAGUUUGGAGCUUCAGAUCUCUACAAGUGCCAGUGGCGACAAGUCCAACACCUGUCAAACACAUUUUGGGACAGGCGGCGGAAACAAUUCCUCCCAACACUGCAACCACGCAAAAAAUGGCAGACCGUUCAUCGGGACAUCAAGCCUGGGAGUGUUGUUCUUCUCAAAGACAGUCAAACAGCAAGAAAUGAAUGGCCGCUUGGACUAAUAACAAAGACUUUCCCGAGUCAGGAUGGAAAAGUACGUCAAGCCGAGGUCAAGGUCAUCAAACCAUAAGGAUCAACGCUUUUCCUCAGGCCUGUCACUGAGAUCGUGCUUCUUGUUCCUUCAGAUGCAUAGCCAGAAUAUGUUAGUAUUAAGUGGCAUGUAAUCACGCCAGGCGGGGAGCGUGCCGUUACCACUGUUAAAAAUGUUAAAAUGACUUUUACUUUACAUGUGAAUUGUCUUGUUUUGUAUUGUGUUACUGUCACUUUAAAUGAAGACAGGUUGUAGUACCAGAAAUGGCCUCUGACUUGCCAUGUGACCACAAAGUCAGGAAGUUAAGUGUUAUGUGACCAGAAAAAGUCAGGAAGUAUAACAAGCAUGGCAGCAGGACUUGUUAUUGUCUCCUCUGUCAAUCUAGUUGAAUCUGCAACCAUCUUAUGCUUUUGAUAGCAUCGUCGUUUUACUCUUUACACGAUGUCAAUAAACCUGUGGACAAUGGACAGCUGUCUUCAGAGUCAUGAUGUCACUAAAGAGUUAUCUAACUGCCGAGUAGUAUCCAGUAGGCCUGAACGAUAUAUCGUUUAAACAUCGCCAUCGCGAUGUGCGCAUGCGCAAUAGUCCCAUCGCAAGGACGUGCGAUAGUUUUUUCAUUUCAUUUUUUUAAAUCCACAAACGUUUGUUUUGAGCAAGGAGCGAGAAAGAGAGUGCACAGUCUCUCAUUCUCUCCAGCUCGCAGUCAUCGGCUCCUCCCCCUCCCCUGCUAGAGCAGAGUGGAGGGAGGAGGGGCCGAACAGCAGAGCGGAGGGAGGAGGGGCCGUUUUCAAAGUGAAAGCAAGCAAUCAAGCAGCACGUUGAAUAGGGAAGACUGUCUCCAAAAGGAGUUUUGGAAGUAUUUUGGCUAUCGACAAGAAUAUAAGGAACAAAAAACAGCCCUGUUGACAGUGCCUCGCCAUGGUUGCCUCAACAAGAAGUAAUCCGUCGAACAUGUGGGACCAUUUAAAACGCAGGUAUCUAUGCAUUCCUGCUACGAGCUUCCCAUCAGAGGCUUUUUAGUACAGGUGGGAACAUUGUUACGUGCCAACGUUGUUGUCUCAAGCCUGCAAUGGUGGAUAAACUAGUAGUCUUGGCCAAAAACCUAUGAGACCCAGUUGAGAAUUGCUGAGCAAGGAAGGUGGACGAUAUGCAGACAAAUACAUAAAUUUGGGAGUUAAAAUGGUUCUGUUAUUCAUCAGUUAUUUGCUGUUAUUCAGUU